UAUCAUGGGCGACAACGCCGAUAGUGAAGGCAAUUUGAUUCAUUCGAUUUUGAACGACUUGAAGGUGGGAUUUUUCUCUUACUUUUGAUUCUUCUUCCUUUUAUAUUUUUCUAACUAGAAGCGGCUCUAAAUAUUUCUCUCUUUUACAGGGGAGCGCCCCGGUUUGGGAAGAUUUUGUCGGCAAAGCGAGUAAACUACACUCAGCGCUAAAGUAAGCUUGAUAGUAAACGUGUGUAAUAAUUUAACUCUCAUAUUUUAUAAUUUACGAGUUAUAAUUUAUUUUUUGCUAGAGAGUAAGAUGAUAGGCUUAGUUUGUUUUAAUUUUCCUCGAUUUAGGGCAACAGUUAUCGCAGCUGACUCCUUUUUGGACGCUUUUCAACGAGUUGCUGAUGUCGCGAAUUCGUCACGAGGUAAGGGUACUGUACUCUCCGGCACUUUUUCUUGUUUUGCCGCGUCAAAUAUCUACUUUGCGUUACUUACGCCUUGUUUGUAGCAAAAUAAGAAUGGCGUCAACAUCGCGUCCAAAGCUGACUUUUUGGGAAGAUUAUACUUUGUACAGUGAAAGCACAUGUUUCUUCGUCGUGUCAUUCAGUUUUAGUUUCAUCAGCUGGUCAAGGGUUUUACCCACGCGUGUUGUAAUUUUUUUGUUGAUAUUUGUAUAAGGUUAUACUUUUUGUAGAAGAAUUUGAAGAGUCGUGAUGUAUAUGGUGAAUAGAAUCUUAUCUUAUGGUAGGAACAUAUGUACAACAUUGGAUCUUGAUUUCGUUCGGUUCUUGUAUGAAUAUAAUCGUUUAAGCUAAGAUAAGGGAUUUUACAAAGUAGAUCGUAAAUUACAAUCUGAAAUACCUCACCGAAGUCUAGGGCAACUGGUUUUUUUUUCCUUUCGAAAAUUCGUGCGUGGGUGAACUAUUUCUCGCUCGAAAUGGACGUUAUUCAUGAUCAGGUGAUUUAUUCGAGCGACGAGCGUUCGACUUACAGCAGAUUGUGUUGAAUGAAUUUUCCUUCACAACGCUCUCUUUGUUUUGUUUAUUUAUAGUGGCUUGUGAAAUAGGAAACCUUCACUGGGACCUUCCAACCCCUUCAAGAAGAAAAUUCCGGUUCAAAUUCCGGUAGUUUUGAAAUGUCGUACAAGCGGUCUACGGGAGUUUACUACGAGUUUCCCAAAACCUGGUCAUUUUAUUGUCCGUUACGAUUUUGGCGGUAAAGCAGUGCAAUUUUGCCGCGUAGUUUUAACGUUCGCGUCAAUAUUCGGCGUGUCUAUUUGGUGUUCUGGCGAAUUUUUCUGUUGAUUUUUUGCCUUAUAAUUUUGUUUUCUUUCAGACACCCAAAGCAUUUGCAGCUAAAAAGAAGCAAUCGUGCUAGUUUUCCUUCAUCUCCUAUCAAUCUCUUUCCAUCAAAUUUUGCGGUUUGGUUUCAUAGCAUUACUUCAAGAAUUAUUUAUAUGGCCGCGCCACCUGCUUCGAACAAAACUCGGACAGUUUUUGGAUAGCAAAAUCGUGAACCUCGUAUAAAACAUGGAAAUCCUUGUUCAAUUUCAAUAGUCAAAACAGGUUUUGUUAGCUUACAGAAUUUUGAAUAAUAUUUUGUGGCCUUAAUCAAAGGAAGUACAUUUAUGCAUGAUCACUUCCUGAAUUACCGAUAUAAGCUUAAAACGUGUUUAUCGCUAUGUAACAAGAAAACUGGACAGAAAUUGUACGCGUUACAGUGGGUAGCUCGUAAGGUCUUGAGGUUUUGUCGACCCAGAUAAACACUCUUUUUCAAUUUUCGGUCAAGUUUCACUCUGUCUGAGUUAUAUCAAUUUUAAUUAUUUUAAAUUUAUUUGCAUCGGAAAUAGUCAGUCGGUAAAGAAUGUUCGGAAGUUCUACGUCUUUUAAUUUUUUUAAAAAGUUAUAAAGCUUUUGUUUGUACCACAUGCUAAGAUUUUGGCACUUUGUUUAUGGAGAAUUUACGUUAAUUCCGUUACGAUUAUUUGUAACAGUUUUGGCUUAGCAAACCGUUGUAAAAUUAAUUAGAGGGUUCUUAGGUGCCAUUGUGCACUGAAAGAACGCGCUAUAUUAUUGUAGUUUUCACAAGUCAGUGAGGUGUAUUCCAAAAGGCGGACUACUUGUAGUUAUUUUCACGACAUAAAUUUACCAGGAGUCAUUGGCUGCCAAUUAGUCUAAAUAUGUGAAAACCGUGGGGUGCAUUUUAUUCAAGUUUCAUAAUAUUUGUUUUUUUCCAAUGGUGCAGAAAAAUAGGCAGUUGCUCCUACACCCCUGAUUUCUGUCGUAUCAGUUUUGUGGUGUUAAAUAUAGGAUUUUUACACAUUUUAAGUAGUAGAAGUUCACAUCCAAUGACCAGUUCUAAGACCACUGGAAUCCUGAUAUUUCAACCUCCCAGCCAGGAACAAGAAGUUAAUUCAUAUGACUGGGAUGCUCUCAAAAUGGGCCUGAAAAUUACAGAAGAAGGGGAAUUAAGUUCUGAUUCACAAUUCAGGUUUCUACUGGAUGAGAUACGACUACGUUUUUAAAAAUGGUGUUACCCAAUGGUUACUGCUUUGGAUCAGUCCAAAGGACUGUGUCAAUACAGUGCUCAAUGUGGAGUUCGAGGAACAAUGACAAUAGCAACUGGAAUGAGAAGGACAAAACAAUAGGUUUAGAGUAGCUAAACAGCAGGUGCAUCACGCUUUUUUUUUCUACAUUUCUUUGCCAUGAAUGCAUGACCUCGAUGUGAAACUGCUUAAUUUCACAUUUUGUCGAGGUCAUGAGUGUAAUAAAACUAUUUUCCAAUACUUUUUGUAAAACUUUAUCAGAUAGAGUAUUUUAGAAGUCAACUCCAGAAAAAUUUACCAACAUUUGAUAAAUUGAGUGAUAUAGAAUAAGAGCAAUGUGUUUUCAAACAGCAUGAAUUCACUUUUUAAGAGACGUUUUCUCAAAGUUUGUUGUCGCUCUUGUUGCUUAAGCUCCAUAAUGUUUGUCUUCAGAUUGAACAUAAAGCAUGUUUCGAAAGUUUCACAUUUAGAAUCCCCUUUGAUUUCAUCUGAAAUACAUAGUACAUAAUUGGAGCACUGCUAACACUUAUUAUUGGCUACAUGUAAGCUUUAUUCCUUCCCUUUCUCAAAUACACAGAAGAAAAACAAAUAAAGCUAACCAGCAGAUUAAAAUGAAGGGAACAUUGCAGCAUGAAAAGGUUUCUGCUUGCAUGCUUGUUCCAAAAGUGCAUAUUAAUAGCUGCAAUACUGUGUGUUCGUCUGAGCCACUUCUAAGCUGGUGUUAAGCUAUUUAAGGUCUGUAAAGUCGUGAAAAGUCCUUGAAUAUUAGAUAAAGUCCUUAAGGUUCUUGAGAGCCAUUUAUCUCCCAAAAAUGCUUGAAAUUUCCUAAACUGGUAUUUGAUGAAGUCUAAGCAAUGUGAAAUAGCAAGACUCUCCAUAUUUUUCAUUUUCUGUCAGCUAGCCUUUUAGUAGCACAAAGAAAAAGAAACCGUAACAUAUCUGAAAUGCUGUGCUUUUUGCUUGAGGUAGUUAUAUAUUUAUUACAGAAUAUCAUAUUUACUUUUAGGAGGGACUUUUCAUGAUGCUAAGCUUGUUAAAAAAUACCCGUAAACUGGUUUUACUUAGUUUGAUCUGCUCGAAGUUACCUGAGCAGUUUCAGUGGCUGGUUUUCAGAAUGACAUGGAAGACAUUAACACUUAAAAAAUUUUUGUUUUUCAUGUUAAGUAUAUUUCUUACCCAAGCCAAUGCAGAAGGAUCAAAGCGAAAACUCAGUUUAGUUCCUGGUUCUAUGGUGUUAUGAUUCAAUAAUUUCCUUAUUAUCUUUAAUUUAAUUAGUGUUUAUUGUGGUCAAAUUAUUUGCUUUGUAAGAACUUGAGUAUUAUGUAUUCUCAUCAGAAAGAACCUCGCCAAACAUUUCUUCACUUCUAAAUUGGAUACCCAGACUUCCUAUUACCCUAUUCUGUGUAAACUCAACUAUGGUAUUUUUAUGUCUGACCAUUCAAAGGAUAAAACCGCUUCAGUGGUUCUUUAACUUGGUUCUCUCUGUUUGUCAACAUAUUCUGAAAUAAAAAUAUAUAAAACUUUUUAGCAUCUAUCUUGGAUAAUAAUUUUACAAUCUGGGGUUGCGAAGCACCUUACAGUUUAGAUUUAGUUUCAACAUUCUUAGAAAACCAAACAAUAAAUAACUGAAUGUAUCUACUCCAUUAUGCAUUGCGAGUUAGUUUUUAUGUCCAGGCUCUUGUUUGGCCUUCUUUAAUGUUUAGACAAAUGUACGUGAGAGUAUUUUUCGAUGCUUUUCGUUAUACAUUUAUUACACCUUCCUGAAAAGGUUAUUUUUGUGGAAAGAAUUUUAAUGAGUUUUCAUAUGUACAACUUAAAUGGUUUUUGUUUGUAGGACAUGCACCUGAGAAUUGUGAAACCUGAUGAGUGCUAAGAAAUUUGCAUCAUUUUCUUGUGUUGUUAAAGAAAAGGCAGAAUUUUGUCAAAAUAGCCUUAUUAAGACAUAUAUUUUUUGGUAAUGAUAUUGUAGUGCCAUGGCUGUGUUUGUCACAUUAGCACUCGUGUAAAUGUGCACUUGUGUUCCAAACAAAUGAGAUCAUCUUUUUUCAAAAGAUGCAUGUCCCUGUUGAACCUUUAAAGGUCAAACUUGAAUUUCAAAUUUUAUUUUAAUGGAGCUGUUUGCGCUCCUUUGCCAUGCAAAGUAACGUGUAUUCAAUUUGAUGAUGACCUGAACAAGUACGUCAUCAUAAAUGAAUUAUUGCUGUCAUUUACUGUUGAUGACUAGGUGGCAUAUUCAGUAUAUCAGUAAUGCAUCAAUACAGGUCAUCCACGCAAAAAAACUCAGACUUAAAUAUUGCUAAUUAGGAGACCUGCAGGCAAUACGUGACAAAAUUCUUUUCACCUACAACUAGUAGCACCCAACAACACCUGGUUGGACUUUGCUUAUGAGCCUGUUGAUUUAUACAAUCUGGUGCAAAAGGACUAGCAAUGUCAUUGUUGUAGACAUUUCUUAAAAAAUAUAUAUUAGAUUUUAAUGUCACUUCAAAAGCCAUGAUGAUUAAAAAUAUCUCUAUCCAUUUAAUAGAUUAAUGGAACUGAUUUUCACUGCUAGUGCACCAAAACAAGAUUUCACUGUCUCUGGGAAAAACAUGAAUUGCAAGUUGGCCUAAAUCCUGUCUCAUAGUAUUGUAUCACUGAGAAACUUGUUCCUUUUUUAUUCUUCUUGAGGAGGAGAAUUGCGUGACUUUUUAAUCUGAAGAACGUUCAUACCAGCACGUUGCGCACAAUAUCCUAACUUUUUAAGGCUUUAUGAAAAAUGUCAGCUGUUAAAUAGGACAUUUUUCAGUAUUGUUUUGUUUGUGUGUUUUUUAGGAUGCUGCAAAGAUAUUGGAGGAUCUCUGACCAGAAUGGUGAUGAGACACAGAAGUGUGGAUAGCAAGCUAAAAGGACUUGCUGGGUAAGUAUGUUUGUGACUGGGAGCCAAUAAACUGAUGGUGACUGUUAAUUUAGUACCCUAAACUACCGCUUUUAAUUUCCCCCACUUGUAUUCCUCCCAUUUAUAAGCCUACCAACCUGUAAAUUAACCAAAAAAAAUGCAUCCGAUUAUAAGCCCCCCCGCUCCAAUGUAAAGAAAUGAAUUCAGUUUAAUAAUAUUAUGACAUUUUGAAGCUUAAUUACAAACCAAUAAAUGAAAACAUUUUGAUCACGAAAGUUAUAUCUUGUUUUGAAACUUGUGCUUUUUCUAUUCUGGUUAUAAGCCCUGUUGGACACACCCCUUCUAAAACCCCUUUUGAAGAUGUAUAGGCCUAGGGCUUGCAAGUAGCCGUUUAUGAUAUUCAGUGCAGGACUGGAGAAAAAAUCUGGGCUUGCUUCCUUUUAUCCCUGACUAAGUCUAUAUGUAUUUUCCGUCCUGUAGAUUGCUUAGACUACUCUUUUUUCUCAGAGUAAAGGCUUAACAAUCUGUUUGUAGCUUCAGUUAUAUGUUCAUAGACAGUAAAAAUUCUUUUAAAAUUUGGCUCACUAACGUCAAGUUAAACCUUACCCUCUUACAAGCAAACCAGAAUAACAUUCUGGUGUUCUCGGUGUAUCCUGUGGACAAGCAACACUCCAAUCAACCCUCCAAGUUAAAGUUUUUGCUUGGUCGCCAUUUGGCAACCAAGUCUUUUGGUUUAGGGAGACUUUUUUACAAAUCAAGUUGCCAGCUCCAAAAUUUUAGGCGCCAUGGCGACCAAAAUGGUCCCAACUUGGAGGGUUGCUAAUAGUGCUUGCUUGGCAAAGGUGUGUGUUGUUCUUUGGUCAUGAUUUAAUAUGAAGGACUAAUUUUGCUCUCCAGGCAAGUGAGUUGCAUGCAAUGAUAUACUAGUCUUAAAAUCCUCAGAUCAGAGAGAGCAGCAUUCCCCACAGAGCGAACUUAGGAGCACUUACCAUUAGUAUGGAAAAUCUGGUUAUUAAAAAUUUUACAAUUUUAAUUUUAAAGAUUUGCCUGCCCAUGGAUUACAGUCUAGAUUUGAAGAAAUAAGACUCUUGAGUCAUUUGCCACUUCCACAGCACGAAGGCUUACCUGUCAUAACAUCUGAUCAUUGCAUCUGUGGACACCCUGUCUUUUUCACCAGUUCACACUUCACACUCUAGCUAGCUUCUCUAAGUUUGUCAUAAGUAUUAUGGUGAGGGCCUUCUUUGGAGAAUUCUAGAGUGAACACUGUACUGUUUUUACCUAAUUGGAAAUCUAAAUUUGCUUUUGUCUGUGUCAGGUUGUUGUCUGAAACACUGGUAGUUCCCCUGCAAGAAAGGUUGGAUGAUUGGAAAAAGGCUGUCGUUCAGAUGGACAAGGAUCAUGCUAAGGGUAAGUGUAAAAAUUAAUGAUGUUUAGACUUCUCAGGGAUUGAAUUCUUGCUUGCUCUUUGGAUAAGCAACUCAAAAUGUUUUGACUUGUCAGUGCCUCCAGACCCUUUAAUUUAAUAUCAUGUGGUAGGAGAGAGACUGAUGGGAGACCCACGUUUGGGUACUGUGGGGAAUGUUGAUAGGGCAUUUUAUCAGGGCUCGAAAAAACUCCUGUCCAGUAGUCCAGAACAAGUAGAUUUUCUUGCUGGGCAAGUAACUUUACGGUGCCCAAUACGCAAGGGUACAGGCAAGUCAUCCUCUAACAAAAUCAUUAACUAGGACAAGCAAGAAGUUGCCCUGGGUGAGCAAAAUGUGAGAGCUGCUUGCCCAAAGGACAAACUGGAAUGAGUAGUGUAGGAGUUGCUCGUAAGGUCUCUCCUAAUUGUUCGCAGGAAAGAAUGACAUGUCAUUCUUCCAAUUGUUUUAGUAUUGUUUGGGGUCAGGGAAACGCUCCAUUGGUGACUUCUGUUCUAAGCAGCUGCUUCAUGAGCUGCUGGAAUUCAAGUUUUUUUCGAGCCCUCAGUGUUUAUGCUUAAACUUUUGUUGCCUACAAAGGAGUUCAUUUAAUUUUAUUGUCAUUAACUGCACUUAUUAGUGCUUCAAUCCCAUUUCAGUUAUUUCUUACAUUAAUUUAUUCCUCCAACCUUUUUGUCCUUGAAACAGAGUACAAGAAGGCAAAACAAGAAUUAAAAAAGGCCACAGCAGAAACUCACAAACUGCAAAAGAAGGUUAAGAAAGGUGAGUUAGGUGAGCGAAGUUCUUUUGAAACUUUGCAACCCAUGCAUGCUAAUUUCAAAGUUUACGCUAUCUCACACAUAAAGCCACAUGCAGUAAAAAUGCCGAAAGUUGACCCAUUUUCAGUAGCAUGGAGCCACUAAUCCUUAUAAAUACACUGUAGGAUGCUAGUCCAUUGCAGAAUAAACUACAGUUGAUGUCUGCUGUACUCAUGUAUUGGCCAGUUACAUUAACCCUUAAAACCUUACUAUCAGAGUUCUAGAAGUAGUGGAGAGAAGUUCAUUUCUCAUGAAUGAAUGAAUGAAUGAAUGAGUGAAUGACUGACUGACUGAGAGAUGGGCUGAGUACAAGUCGGUUUAUUAUGGGAUAAAGAACACAAGACCCACAUAGUCAGAAAUAGCACAUUGAGGUUACAAAAAUUCUGAAGUUUGGUGUUGAUUGGGUCAAUAUUGAACAAGAUACAGCCAUUAAAAAACUUGAAAAUUUAUAAGAGAUGUAUGGAUUGCUGCACACAUCAUUCGGAGGUCUAUAUAUUUCUUAGUAAAUUCUGGAGUUUUUGAAUGGCUGUAUCUCGUUCAAUAUAAGCCUGAUAAGAACCAAACUUGAGAAUGUUGCUAUUUUCAAUGUGCUGUUUCUGACUGUAUGGAUCUUGUGUUGUUUAACCCAUAAUAAAUGGACUCGUACCCAACCCCUCUUGGUUUGAAACUAGGCAGUUGGGAACCUCCACCAAAUUGAGUGGAAUCAUAAAAAUAAUCACUGAAAACAUGAAAAGAAAGUAUAAAUAACACAGCAAGUACAAAAGAAGGUAUGGAUGGACAAACUUAAAGAAGGUUAAAACAGAUUGCAAUUUUAGUUUUUUUGAAAACUUGUUAGCCUAACAGUUUUUCAAAGUUUGUUUUUGUUGUUUGUACAAAUGUAACGUUUGAAAUAAUGCUUGGGAGACAUUUUUGUUUUACACUAAGGUGGAUUUUUGUUGUUCAAAAGUAAUUUUUCAAGUUCCAUAGCAAUCAAGGACGGGCAAAUGGUAUUAUAAACAAAAUAAACCAGCCUGCAGCCAUGAUACGGCAGCCUCUUAACCCUGCCAUGCACUAGCAUUAGAACUACGUUUUGUCCAGCUCCAAGAAGAGGUGCUGUAGGGUGCUUCAUUCUAUAAAAAACUGGGUCAAUUUCCUGUUGUUUCAGCCACCUUAAACCUUUGCUUAAAUCACAUCAUAAUGCAUUAUUUACCUUGUUGUCUUCAUAAUUCUCUUUUUGCCACUGUACAAGAAAGAAUAAUGAGACAUAGAGAGAAUCUUAGGGCAUUGUCUGGGAUAUGUGAAUUUCACUAAAGUUAUUUUUAGAGCCUGUGAUUAAAUCAUUCGAACAUUUUAAUCAGUUGUUUAAUGUGACUGCCUCAAAGCAAACAAUGCAGAAUAAUUAUUUUAAUGGUGACACACGAAGAGAGCAUAAUAUCCCAUCAUUCUCUCUUGGAACAUUGAAUAAAGGUUUUUGGACUCUCCGAUUAAUUUCAAGCAUUUAAUUGGUCUAAAAAUAGCUUUGGUGAAAUUCACAUAUCCCGAAGGCUAGACUAACUGUUUCGCUCUGUGUCUUGAUAUUCUCACUCGCACUGUAACAGUAACCAGCUUUCCACCAUGCUUCUUCAGCAAUAGGCCUGCUACAUGUAAAGCUUACAUUGUAAUCGUCUGGAUUCACUUAGUUGCCUGUCAAAGAUUUUGGGACAAAAUAUAAUUAUUAGACCUUAGUGCUUUCCAGGUGAAUGUGUUCACCUUAAUUUUGUCAGUGAUCAUCCCCUGUCACAUUUGAGGCAAUUUUGUUUUCUUAUAACACAUUGCAUGUAUCAUUGCUGGUAUUACCGACCAUCUUUUUCUUUCGUUCUCCCAAGGUAAAUCAGAGCACCAGGAAAGACUUGAUGCAGCUUUAAAGGUAAAAUAUGAUUGCCUGUGAUUGUUUUCCUUGUUAUAAGCAUGACAACAUUAAUUUAGUAAAUUUUGUACUAAAUGACCUUGUCAAAUCUAAAUUGGCAGUGUUAAGUGCUAAGACAGAGGUGAAGAUAUCAUAUCCUAUUUUGGUUAUAGCACAAACUGAUUUGGCAGAUAAAAGAGAGAGACUGUGUCGUCGUUGAGUUCGUUAUCUAACUUUUAUCAACUUAAAAACAUACAUGUUCAUGCAUUUUAUUUUAAGACAUACUAACUGAGAGUUUUCAGUUGCACUGAUUUGAAAUUUGAAUGACUUUUUCUUACAGCUAGCCAAUUCCCAGCAAGCUGCAUUUGAAGAGCAAGAAAAGCGGUACCUUAAAAAGGUUUUGGUGGAAGAGAGGUCAAGAUAUUGCAUGUUAGCGACUUGCUUUAGGCCAGUUGUGGUAAGUAGUUAUCGUGAAGUCUGUUGUAUCUUGGGCAUUUCACACUUCUUUGUCUAAGGUGUGACCUUACUAUGUUGAUGCAAAUGAUUAUAAUUUAAUGUAGCCUGCGUAGCAAGCGUUUCCAUUGGUUUUAGAGCAAAGAAAGACCGGUUUUGGCCGGGCGAGAAAUAAAAGGAAACGCGGUCUUUGAAUCUCGUUCCUCGUUCUUUGCUCCUAAACCGCGUUGAAACGCUUGCUACGCAGGCUAAAUUUGAUGGGGACACAUUUACUUUAGUGACAAUUAACAGUGAAUUGAGGCUCACAGGGUUAGUGACUGUCCUGACAAAUUAGGUUUUUUUCACUACAAGUAGAUUUUUCUUGUAUAUGAUUCAAAGUCUUCCAUUUCCCUUGGGUGGGCCCCCCUCAUGGGUGGGCACCCCUCAUGGGUGGGCACCCCUCAUGGGUUGGUCUCAAUCGUAGGCUGCGUGGGAGACUACGCUUGGGUCUAAGUGUCAUGUUCGUGCCUUUUCCCGUUUUAAUCCUUUCCUUUUUCAACUUUUCUUUUUUUUUAUCAUGUAUGUAUAAAUAAUUAUUGUUUCCUCUUUUCCUUAGGAGCAUGAGAUUUUGUUGUUCGGGGAAGUGGAACAUUUCCAGUCCAUCUUGGCAGACAUAAUUAAACAGACAAUAAGCCCUUCGACGUUGCCGCUGGCAGGGGAGGACUUGAUACGAGAGUUCAGGCUCUCCGAUCAUAACAACGUUGAUGAUCAGGUAGAUAGAUUUGGUUUUAUUUCUGUUUAAUUCAUUGGCAAAAUCAAGCCAUCAAUUGUGUCGGUCCGGAUAGUCUCAAGGCCCGUUUGAAUGGUCCCGAUUUGCUCAAUUGUUAUAGUAAUUUUCCAUGAAAUUUAACCACUCUAAAAUUUAACACUGAAACACCCUUUCAGCGAACUCAACAAAAUAACAUUGAACUGAGCGAGUGAGUGAAUGAAUGGAUGGAUGGAUGAUUGAUUGAAUGAAUGAAUAAAUGUAUGAGCACAUGUACAGGUCAUUUACAUAAACAAUACAUAAUUAGGACACUAUUCGAUGGCAUAUUUUACGGUUUCAAAAUUAUCAAAACGAUCAGUAUUAGAUGGUAGCGUGGUAAAUGAUCGAUUUAAACGUGUACUGUAAGCCGAAGAUAACUCAACAAUUCUGCUUUGAAUGAAAGACAAAUAACAAAGCAAUUGUUGAACGCGUUUACUCGGGCCUGUACACUUAAGAUUCUAACGAAGUGCCUUUGAAUUAAAUGAGUUAUAAGAACACGAAUAAACAUACGAUAAAGGAUAAGAGUACGGGCGCAAUCAAGGUCACUGAUAUAAUGACAUGCGGCGGCUACAGACUAAUAAGCUGUCAUGGUCUUGAUUACAGACUGAUUCAUACAAUAUUUUGCAUUGGCCUUGAAGGCUUCAGAAUUGUGUUUUCACAUUAACGAGAGCAGCAUGAUUAUAGCCUGCGGAAACAGACGUUUCUCCUUGCUCAUGAUUACAGUUCGCGGUCAGUGAUUGCCAUAUAAAUUUGUCCCACUAUUCACUUAUUUCUUUACUUAAAUCUACAGUCUCCACCGCCAAGUCCAACUACUACAAUGGCCCGAGCAUCAAGUCCACUCCAUACCGGUCGCGACCCCCCUACUUCCCCGCCUCCUCCGCUCCCCACAGAGACAGACCCCUACUUCAACGCUUUUAGUCGCCAUUACUCGUUCUCGGUCAAGCACAGCCACACACGAAACAAGCUAACCGGCUCUACAACACCCACUACAUCCCCCAAGAAAGUUGCUCCCCCACGGGUGUGCGCCCGUGCUACGAGCUUCAGUGUGUCGUCAACGUCAUCACAUUCAUCAGUGUCGUCUUUAGGGUCUUUAAUAGGCUCGCCGUCGGUGGAGAGCUUUCCUCGGCCCCCUACCCCUCUGCUGUCUCCAGGUUAUUCAGGGGACUUACAGAGUGAUCCACUUCCUCCCCCACCCUUCCCUGGAGCAGUGCCUACCUUACCACACCCAGGUAAGGACGUACAAUUAAGCAAGAUUUGCGUCAAAUGCGUUUGGUAUUGAAGUUAGUGUGGUUGCUUAUGCACUUGUCAUUGGCUUUCCUGGGGCCUGACCCCGGGGAAACCCCGAGAAUAUGUGGGGAGUGUGCAUUUUUGAUCCUUUUGGGCGGGGUGGGUAUAUUGUUUAGUUUCAGUAACGAACGCUGAGACCCCAGAAAUGUGCCCCCGGGAUUUGAUGGACGUGGGUCAGCGGUACAUAGCAGUACAUAGCGUUGGUCGCAAACAGGCGCAGCUGUGAAAUUUUACCCGUCGUGUGAGAAAAUUUUGGGACCACAAUUUUUCUAAAACCGAGUCAAAAGUCAAAGGUUAUGGCUUUAAUACAUGCUAAAACUAAUUGACGAAGUCUACUUUAGUUAGACGAAACGCAUUGGAGAAUAAACCAGUUUUCAACAGUGAAAGUUCGCAGAGUGCUGCUCUCUAGUUUAGUUAAAAAAAUUAAAAAAUAAAUAAGCAAGGGCCAAGGUGUCACAUUUGGUAUCAUGGACGCUGUGUCAAGAUUAGUGGAAGAAAAGCGAAAAAAAAAAAGAUAGGCAGGUAUCUGUUAUUACUGCAAAGGUACAUUGUAAAGGAAGGUAUUCUGGCCUCUUAGCCCUCGGGGAGGGGGAUUUAGCGUGAAUUUUAUGCCCUACACCCCAGGGGAAUUAGUAGGUUUUUGCUGGGUGGUGGAGACAAAUCCCCGGGGGAGUCCCAGGGGGUCAACCUCCGGGAAAGCCAACGCAAUGAUAAGUGCAUCAUUUUUGCUUCUAAAGCACGCCGGUCAUAAUAACAGUGAGUAGAAAUUAUUUGGGAUUCUUUUGUUGAAUGAAUAUGGUCUUCCUCCCGAAGUCCGUAAGAUUAUGGCAAAAGUUGAACCGGAACAGCAGUAGAUCUAAGUAAUGUUUGCGUUACCACUGGUGUUAAAUUUUAUCCCAGCAUUGCUAGGACUGUAGAAGAUACUUUCUCCCUUGGCUUCGUAGCCUUUGUAUUGGGACAUUAAAUUUAGUAAUGGCCGUCAGUUUUUGUGGAGCAGCGUUGGCCGUUGUUAUGCGGAGUUUCAGAAUUAGUUUUGAAUGAAUAGAUGACAGUCAUUUUUUUUCGGACAACACGUUGUGUCCGCCGAUAGUGAACUUUACUUUCUGAACCCGCAACUUUUAAUUUAGUCACUGGGACGAUUGUGGUCUUAGAUUCACACAUGAUAAAAAUCUGCUGACCGUUUGGAUCCAAGUUAAACGUUUCGUUAUGGAAGUUAGCGUCAGAAUGGCACUGAAUUGAAGGGUUUUUAUUUAUUUUCUUUUUUUGGUAGGCGACAGAACAUCAUGGACGACAUCUACUGACUCGGGCUGCUGUUCGUCCUCCUCUGGGGAGAGGUCUCCGUCAGCGUCGCUAGCGCAGAUGUAUCUACCAUCCUCGAUCGCGGAACACCCGCGAGAAGGCGCGCCGGGACAGACUGACACACAAGGACCUCAGUAUGCCACUCCCUACGCUGUUUAUGGUGGUACAAGGUCGCGGUGUAUGAGCGAGUCAGCCACGGGUAUGGCGCAUCGAAGAAGUGAUAGCGAAACGUCUUCACAGAGUAGCUACUCGGAUCAUAUCCCAGCUGCUGGUGGGUUAGCAAGCAGCGAUUCGGGUUAUUUCAGUUAUGGAGGCUACCACCAUCGCUCUAACCCCGAUAGUGUGCAAGAAAAUUCCGGCGGAUGGACUCCCCAGCAGAAAUUUAAAACCGGAUAUGGUAGAAGUCAGAGUAUUUCCGGUAGGCCGACGGCAGCGCAGCAGGCGCAAUUAGCCACGUUAGCGAGUCACGCCGCGCGCAGCAGAAGCGCGCCGAUGCCACCCGCUAGAAAAUCAUCCGUGCCGCCCCCGUGCCCGGAAAGAAAGACGGGACUAACGCUAUCGGAUGGUGAUUUGAACAGUGCUGAUGAAGUGGACGAACAAGGUGAAAAGCUUAGCUUCUUGCAACGGCAAAUCCAGCAGCAAAGACAGUUGAUACAAGCCAAGGCGAAAAGCAAGGAACAGUCAUGACAAAGUAAGAUGUGGUUUAAAAGCGAGAAACUUAACUGGCCUUGGUAGAAAAAUUGGAUUUGUAACAAUACUUGAUUCAGAUCAAUGAAAUUAAGUUUGUUACGAUAUUUCGUUGAUUUUGAGGUGGACUUAAUAACCAAAUUUACGCCCUAAUAUGGUGAGAGGGACCUUUUACGGAAUGGCGUCCAUGCUUUUAGCUGCCAGUAAUUUUGGAAGCCUAGAAGACUUGGACUCUCAUUGAUUAAAACGGGUUAAAUUUAUAGUUACACAUGAACUGACGAGACCACGGAAGGGUUCAAAAAUGUGUCAGUGAUAUUUAAUAUACGAGGUCUCUUUACAAAAUUAGCAAGCUAAAUAUAGUUGAAAUUGUCACAGCCUUCUAGCUUUUGUAUGGGAUUAUAGGAAUAUAUCGCUUUCAAGUUUUAAAAUUUAUAACGUAUAGAUAUAAACGUAAGCUAUGAAUUUAGCCGAUGAAGCGACGAUUUCAAAAUAGUUUUCAAGGUAAACCUCAAGUUCUUUGCAUAGUGUUUGUGUACUUAGCAAAAUAGUUUGUACUGUAUUCAGGAUGUUUAGCGAAUGGUUUUGUGGUUUUAAAACGUUUUUUGAUUCGCUAAAUAUCCUUUGCCAAAUCUUCAAUUGUACAAAUUAUUACUGAGACACUCAUCAUCUUGGUUGUUUCUUAGUUUGAUAGCUUUGAUUGUCUUUUUGUAUUGGUUAGGUGAAAUCCAGGUUUUUGAGUCCUUUAUUGGCUUAGCCUCCCACGCAGAAGUUCUUUGGAGCUCGUCACGCGUUACUGUCCCACGAACGUUGGGAGGAUUGCGUGACGAGCCAAAAGAACGUCUGCGUGGGGGGCUGUUAUUAGCAAUAGAUUAGUCUACUCAGAAGAGUGAAUGUUACAAAUUCGGCUUCCAGCGAGAGUGUUAUUAUGUACCACCAGCUGCUCUGCGCCUUGCGCAAAUGGGACACAAGUAUGUUUCAACAGUCACUGCUGGUCAGUGGCUCAACACCAAAGUGCAGGCGCUUUUCCUGUUGGACUGUCUCUUGUUCCUUCCUUUCCUUGGAAUGUCGCUUUAUUUUACUAAUUAUUUGAACAAUAAGAUUCACGUAGAAAUUUCGUUUUAGUGGUUUCCUAAACCUUUGUUGACGCGUUUAGAAUUUUUUUGUACGGUUUCGAUACUUCGUAAUCCCAUGCAUCGUAUAUCGCUUAGCUGUAAAUAAACCAAAAGCCAUAAAUGUACCACGCAGAUGUAACUUCACAAAUCUUACAGUGGUUUAGAGUUAUAUUUGAAACUGAAAAAAAACCGUAUUGGGUGCUCUUGAAAACGUGUGGGCGUUAAUAGUUUUAGAAGGCGAACGUUUUCCUUCUUUAAAUCGUAAAGUUGAGUGGAAACGCAAAUAGUUACCUCGGCCGUAGACUGAAUUAUAUCGCUGAGACUACAGUCUCCAUCUCUACGGUUGUAAGUUUUGUAUUAUACGAAAAUAAUCAACAGUAAGUUCACAAUUUGGUCAUUGUUAUAUCAGAAACGAAAACGUUGCCUUUGUCGCUAUUAACGCUUGAAGGUUCUUCAAUUGUCGAAAGGCAUAAAACAUUUUGCCAGUUAGGUAUCAGAGUGAGCUCAUAUCGUGAUGUUGCCGGAACAAGUUCAACACCCAGGUUGUAUCAACCGUGUAACUUACGUAAAAUAUCUCCUUAACUCAUGAUAGGUUUUCUUGUUCACAAUUCAGAAAAAUGAUUUUUUUCGUCUAUUAGACUGGCCCUUUCCAAUCGUCGAGUGAACCCACUCAAAAGUUUUAUCCCUUUCGACAGUCGCAAGAUGUUCAGAUAUAGAUACAGUUAGGUUUACAGUUAAGAACAAGGAGUUACCCUUUGUUAUUGAAAUUAUAUUUCAUAUUAGUUCAGACGGCAAACACAACAGAUAUUUAUUUUUCCCCCAGCCCAUCCCCAACUCUUCGAUUCACGACCUUGUUUUCGUUGUAUUUGCUGUCUAUCUGAUGAACUCCAGCUAUAAUUUAUUCCCUGUUGAAGACAACACAUUGAUUUUGUGGUAUCAUAGUGCGGUAAUAAAACUGUGUACGGU